UCACCCUGAGGCGCAGAGUGACAGUGUGGGCUGGAAGCAAGAACAUAAUGGUCCCAGUUAAGCCCCGCUAUUUAGAAGGGAUCACCAAAUAAAAAGCGGCGGAAUUGUAAAUUUGAGCGAGCACACUGUGACAGGCUGAACUUUCUGCGGGGAUAUUUUAAGCCAACGAUUCGCUGUCACCGUGGAAAUAAAAGAAAACUGGGGGCAUGUUUUUUUUGUUUGUUUGUUUUUGACCUAACAUGACUUUAAUCUUAAAGCCUGGCUCAAAGGAAGCAGGUGGACGCGGGGCUGUGUAGGCGCGCGUGGAGCUGUCCUUUCAGCACCACCAGCUUCAGCACCACGGCGGAUGACAGCGCCCGCCAGCCCACGCGCGUGCGAGGAAAAUGUAUUUCAGACAGCCCUUUUUUAAUUUUUUUUUAUCUGAAAGGGGGGGGUUGUGGCGAGACCGAACAUAACAGGCCGUGUUUUUCAAAAUAAUCCAACGAGGGCGCCAGUUUGGAGGCUGUGCGUAAAGUGCGUAAAGGAGAAAAAGAUGAUGAUGAGGAUGAUGAGGAUGAUGCUGUGGGAGGCUGUCAAGGUGUCCUCGGAUACAGACGUUGCUCAGUGACGUGAGAGAGAGAGAGAGGGAGGAGGAGAGCGCGUGAACUUGGGGGGAGGGGGGGGCGGCCAACAGGAGUAAGGGACGGAGAAUACCGCGUGUCGCCAUCACGGAUCCCCGCUGUCAGUCCUCACCAUUUCGGCCAGUAGUCAGGCUGAACGCGGCAGGCUCGCCCCCCACUACCCACCUGCGCUCCAUCUCAGCCCCGCCCCCCUCCUUGAGCUGUCCUCUCCGUGCACGCGCUCGGUCCUCCCCACCACCCCUCCCUCCCGCCACCACUGGGUCGAGUCGAGGAGGAGGAGGAGGAGGAAGAGGAGGAGGAGGAGGGAUGAGGCGCACGGCGGAGGGGAAAUGGCUGCCGAAAACAAGCCGGAAGGACUGAAGAAGAUAAGGAAUCCAGAGCGAACGGUCAGGAUUGCUGUUGGUUACACAGGACACACCCCUCCCAAGAAUGAUGACACUGAUGCCAACAAUGAGCCUGGGCAGUUAAAGAUCUACCUUCCGAAGAAGCUGCUGGAGUGUCUACCCAAGUGUUCCUCUCUUCCCAAGGAGCGCCAUCGCUGGAACACCAACGAGGAGAUUGCUGCAUAUCUCAUCACUUUUGAGAAGCAUGAUGAGUGGCUUACAACAUCACCAAAAACCAGGCCUCAGAAUGGCUCUAUGAUCCUCUACAACCGGAAAAAGGUGAAGUACAGGAAAGAUGGCUACUGCUGGAAGAAGAGGAAAGAUGGGAAGACCACUCGAGAAGAUCACAUGAAGCUGAAAGUCCAGGGAGUCGAGUGUCUGUAUGGCUGCUACGUCCACUCCUCCAUCAUCCCCACUUUCCAUCGUAGAUGCUAUUGGCUGCUGCAGAACCCUGACAUCGUGCUCGUGCACUACCUGAAUGUACCGGCGGUGGAUGACAGCGGGAAGCCAUGUGGUCCCGUCCUGUGCUCCAUCAACACAGAUCGGAAGGAGUGGGCCAAGUGGAGCAAGGAGGAGCUAAUAGGGCAGCUGAAGCCUAUGUGUGCUGGAAGCAGCCUGCAUCAAAAAUGUUCCAGUGUCAAGCAGCGCAUCAUCUCAUCCAAGCAGGAGUCAGGAGCAGCAGCAGGAGGGGGGACCACAUUAGGAACCAGCAUAGCGGCGGGGCAGAGAGCCGAGGAAGCAGAUGGCACAGAGGUCCAGAACAGCGACGUGUCAGAGGGUCAGACGGAGCCCAGUCCUGGGGGGGGCCGGAGCAGAGCAGCUGGAGGGGAGAGGAGGAAUGGAAGGAUAACCAAACCCUCCCUGCUCCCGCAGAGCAGCAUGGAAGUGUCAUCGUCUACCUCCACCAACCAGGUGGAGGUGCCCGACACAACCCAGAGCUCCCCGUUGUCAAUCACCAGCGACAUGGCGGACAGCCCCGCUCUGGCCAUCGGGGCCGGGUUGUCUCAGAGCACUGCUGUGUUCAUGUCCGAGGUCACCACGCUGACUGGGGAUUCGGUCUACUCCGCUGGCCACACCCACCUGCUGGCAUCCACCCAUGAGAAUGCCCCCACCGGGAUUCUGUUAGCUGUUGCCCCUGACAACCAAAGGUUUGCCUCCUUUUCUGGAGGAGUGGGGUUAGGAGAGGGAGGGGAGCUGGUCCUUUCCAGCUCUUUAGAUGCUGCAGGAGGAGUCAGCCUUCCCGAGACCACCAUGACCUUUGACCCUGACUGCUUCCUCAAUAACCCCAAGCAGGGCCAGACGUAUGGAGGAGGCGGAGGGAAGACCGAUGGGUGUAACGGUGAUGACCGGGGCCUUCACUGUUCUUCCAAUGGCUUCGUCUACAACUCGGCUCUCGUGAACAACAUCAAGACAGAAGCUGCAGCGCUAGAGCAGCCGCUGACCACUCAGAGUAGCUAUGUGGGCGAAGGAACCGGCCUGAGCCCCAGUACGACCCUGGAGCAGAUGGACUUCAGUGCUGUUAUGUCAUCAUCCUGCGUCCCGACCCUGGCCCAGCCCGCACACCACCCCUCACCAAACCUUUUCCUCCAGGCGACCCCGCAAACAAGCCAGCCCUCUCAGCUGCAGGCCAACGGCACCAAGGCAACCCAGGAGCCCGCCGAGCCCCAGUCUUACCUCGGCCUGCCCCCGGUCACCACCGAGUCCCCGGUCUCCAACGGAGACCUGCAUUCACACCUUCAUCAAGCCAGCACAGACCAGCAGGCCCUUUGUGUAAGAAAAGCAGCAGCAGUGGGGGCUUUUUCCCUCACAGCCCCGGAUCCUUCUGCUGAGGGGAGGGGGCACCAAGAAAUCGGAACCAUGGACAAACCUGCGGAGAACGGAGGAGAGCUUCUGCUAAAGGCCCAAGAUUCCCACGAUGCAUAUGCAAGCAUUGACACUGAGCAUUACCUCCAGCCAGCAGAUGACACUGGAGGAGGACAGGAGGGGGGAGGCGGUGGUGGUGGGGAAGGUGGAGGUGGAGGCGGGGGAGAAAAUGAAAUUCUGUGUAACGGGGUUAACUUGUCAGGAGCUAACAGUUCAGUGGUAGCCAGCCCUCAGUCAAUCCCCGCAGGUGGAAACAUGGAGGGGAGGCUCUACGGCUCCCAGCUGCCCCAGCAGGGCGUGGGCGUGAACGCCGCCGCAGCCGGGGCAGGAGCAGCCAUCAGUCUGGAGGGGUUUGAAGCCUCAUUUGGAAGCCAAUUCUCCGAUCUCAUCAAUGAUUUCAUCUCAGUUGAGGGCUCUGGGGGUGGAGUAGGGGCAGCGGUCUCUGGGGUUCUGAUGCCCCAGGAGGGGGCAGCAGGGGAGGAGCAAGGAAGCGGAACCGGCCACUUGCAAGCAUCCGAGGUUGAGCAGGGGGCUCUGGGAUUGCUCCAGGAGUCUGGGAGACUGUUUGGUGUGACAGACUACUCCCCAGAGUGGUCUUAUCCAGAGGGAGGGGUGAAGGUUCUGAUCACAGGUCCGUGGUUGGAGUCGAGCAGCGAGUACAGCUGUCUGUUCGACCACAUCAGCGUCCCCGCCGCACUGAUCCAGCCCGGAGUUCUGCGCUGUUACUGCCCAGCUCACGACACCGGGCUGGUGAUGCUGCAGGUGGCCAUGGGGGGUGAGGUCAUCUCCUCCUCUGUGGUGUUUGAGUAUAAAGCGCGUGACCUUCCGGCGCUGCCGUCUUCUCAACACGACUGGCUCUCCCUGGAUGAUACUCAAUUCAGGAUGUCUAUCUUGGAGCGGUUGGAGCAGAUGGAGCAGAGGAUGGCAGAGAUAUCCAAUCAGAGCCCAAGCUCAGAUGCCAUGGCAACCAAGGGCGGAGGAGUGGAAGGGGGAGGAGCCACUGAUCAGCAUUCUCAAGUCGGUCCUGAUCAGGCAACAUUCGAGGGUCGUGUUGUGGUUGUGUGUGAGAAGAUGAUGUCCCAGCCUUGUUGGACUUCUUCUAACCAGCUCAUCCACAGUAAAAACUCAAGAGGGAUGACUUUACUGCAUCUGGCUGCAGCUCAGGGCUAUGCAGGGCUCAUCCAAACACUCAUUCGCUGGCGCACAAAGCAUGCAGACAGUAUUGACCUGGAACUGGAGGUGGAUCCCCUCAACGUUGACCACUUCUCAUGCACCCCACUGAUGUGGGCGUGUGCUCUGGGCCACACGGAAGCAGCACUCGUGCUUUACCAGUGGGACCCAAGAGCUCUGGCCAUUCCUGAUUCAUUGGGACGCCUGCCACUGAACAUCGCCCGAUCCAGGGGCCACACUCGCUUGGCUGAGCUUUUGGAGCAGCUGCAACAGAGUCCUCAGCCCCAGCCAGUGGACUCUUGGAUGGGAAGAUGGAGGGAAGGAGCACAGACUGGAGGAAAAAGCAAUAGCCCUAGUCCUAAUCCAAACCCAGAACUGACAAGAAGCAGAGCAGAGAGCCAAAUGGACAACCAGAGCCAGAACUGGAGCCAAAGUGGACACAGGCCUCAACAAGGCACCCAAGGAGAACCAGGAGGUCCACCACCAACCAAGAGGCUUAAACCCAGCCCAGAGAGCCAGCAACAGUUAUCCAACUCAACUUCUGGGCCCAGUCCCAGUCUCUCCCACAUGAGCUCCUCUUCCAGUAAUAACCCCCACCCCAAGACCUCACCGUCCUCUAACCUCAGCCGUCAGAACGCACCUGUGCCCAGAUCCAACCCCAGCCAGUCUCAGCGCCCCAGUUCCCCAGUCUCCCACCUGCAGGCCAGGUUAGGAGGACUGGGAAGGGGCACCAGGUGGAGUCUAAGGCAGACGCUUGGACAACGUAGCUUAGCAAGGAGAAUUCUGGGAAAGGAACGAUUGGCCAUUCACCUGCAUCAAAGAGCGCUGUCUGACAGAGGGGGGGAGACCGAGCUGCUGUCCUAUGAGGACAACACGGAUGACCUGCAGGUGGACAUUACGAUGUUAGCUGAUCACAUUAUGGAUGCUUCAGCUGGUAGGCUUAAACAAGCGAUGGACACUGAAACAGAUACAGAGAAAGUGGAGAUCAGCAGUGACGUACGGUUACUAUCUGGUUACCUUGAUAAGGUGGAAAGGCUUUUAAAGUCCAAACACCAGACUCCUAGCCCUAAGUCAAGCUCCCUCUCUGGGUUUGCGGAUCAGCAAAGUCCCCACGUCGACCAAGCUCGGCUCUCUAACUACGAGUGGAGUCCCUUCUUCUGUGCAGCUAUGAAAGAGGAAAGGUUGAAAACCACCUCCUCCUGUCUAGCCAUGACUGAGGCUGAGCAGCGAGAGCUGUAUGUAACCAUUAGGCAUGCUCUGCACUCGCUCAGAAAAAACAAGGGUACGCUUCAGGAACAACAGAAAGAGAUUGCAGCAGUGAUUCAACACUGCUAUAAAAGAUACAAGCAGUAUGCACUUUAUAAAAGGAUGACCUUAGCGGCCAUCCUGAUCCAGAGCCGUUUCCGGAGUUUCUACGAACAGAGGAAAUUCCAACAAAGUCGUAGAGCAGCGGUCCUCAUCCAGCAAUACUACCGCUCCUACAAGCACUCCCUCAGCAGUCUUCUGACUAAAAAACAGAACCAGGCUGCUCGCAAAAUCUUGAGGUUCCUGCUCCGCUGCCGUCACAGCCCCUUGAUGGACCAUAGGCCUCUGAAACAGGGCCAGAGAGCAGAGAAAGGCCAGGGGUCCUGAAGGUCCACCCCCAGAGGCUGCCCACAGCCCUCUCAGCCUGUGAGCAGUCCAUGCACCACCACCCCUUCAACCUCCGCCUUUUCCACACUCUUGUCAAGCUCCUCUUCCCCUUCCCAACUCCCUGUCCUGCCCUCUUUUACCCUCACGCUCCCUGCCCUCUCCUUUCAAGAGGGUAAAAACUCUUCCCAGACGGACUGAGGACAGGAUAGGUGUCCAUCAUGGCAGCUCAGACAGACAGACUGCUGGACAGAGCCCGAGGACCUGGCUCUGCCCACAGCACUAAUCCUCCUCCACAGUUUCACUGGGAGGCCAUCACAUUAACCUCAUGGCAUUCUUUGCACUCUUCAUGGGUAUGUAUUUUUUCCAAGAGCAAGUUGACGAGCCAGACAAGGAAAGAGGAAAACCAACAUCCUCCGGGUUCACCGCGGCGUCUCCAUCAGAUGAAAGGCUGCGGUGGCAAACAGCUGUCUCAAGAGAAAAGGCUUUUUGACGUUGAAAAAUACACGCAGUCUGGUGUAUUUUGAGUCCAAACAGAGAUCCAUGAAAGAAUACGAAACUACAAACCAAAAAAAAAUCACUUCUAUGUUGCAUUUGCAUGCAAGAUUUUUUCGCUUAUUCCUCCUUUAUCAUCCUGUAAGGCUACAGUGGCAAAUCAUUUCAGUAUUACCCCAGGUCACCAACCGCUCCAAGGUUACUGAGAAACCUACGAAAACAGUCAUCCAAUCAAAAGGGGAGGAAGUGCACUUGAAUGUAUGUGGGGCAUUGUUAGACGAAGAGAGGCGGUCAGAAUAACGAUGUCUUAAUUUGUUACAUGGACUUUGUAUGGAGUCGUUCUCAGAGGCGGCAUUUGGCUCGCCCGCCGUGGUGUGUUCGUGUUUGUUCAAUUCAAUGCAUGUGUUUGAGCUAAGAGCUCCUGCAUGCUUGCCAAACUGCUUUAGUGUUGUUUUUUUUGUAUUUCUAUGUGUAAUUGUGUCUCACUUACGUCUUCAUUAACUUUUCCUCGCCCUGUGUAAUGUGAACUGUGUGAGGACAAAUGACUUUGGGUGCUUUUUUUAAAAAGAAAAAAAAUGUUGUUUUAAGAGUCUAAUUACUUCUGAAACCGGCUCAAGAGCAGCUUCGCUUGAGACCGGUCGCCUCCAACCCACCCACCCCCUCUUGUGAGAAAAAAUGACAUGUUUCAAUGGUUAAAUGUCUCUGUUAGUUUGUUCUGCGUGAACCUCUAAAUCCUGACUGGUUUUUGAGGAGCGAGUCACAUACCAUUGCCUUGACUUCUUCUUGAGUUCGAGAGGUCUCUAUGCUUGCUCUGUACAGGACAUGGGUCCUAUAUCUGCCCGUAUGCAGGGCGCUGGUCCCCGUAUUUGCCCAUAUUGGCGAUUUAAAUCCAUAUUUUGGACUCUUGUACAUAAACUGACGAGGUAAGGGGAUACGAGGACCCUGAAACUUUUUUCAUAAGAGGACUGUAUUUAAGAUUAAAAAUUAUUUUACUCCCAUAAUGAAAACUUUAGACAGAGACCUGGUUACACAGGAUGGCUGUAUUGCUUGUAAAUAGUGUAGAUACUGCAAACAGAGUUAUGUGCAUGAGAUUUAAAACAAAGAGACAGCAAAAAGAACAUCUUAGUGGCUAUGGACUGUGAGAGGAUUUUAACCGCUUCACUUUAAGAGUAUCCAGUGUAAGUGUUACUGAAAAGAACAUUUUGUUAAAGCAUGCAACUCAAAAAGCUAAUGUUAGAAUAAUAAGUGGGAAGACAAAGUUAGCUGAAACAGCGACCUUUCAGAUAAAACAUUUACACCUUGUGCUUUUAUUUCUUGGCUAGCAAAAAUUAAACCCUUUUUGCCAGUAGUGCCAAUUAUUAUGAAUGCUAUUUUGCCUAAUAAUACAGUAUGUUAUGAUGGGCUAACCAACAUCUAAAAGAUAUCAGUAAGAUCCACAAAGACAGCAGCACACACAGACAAAUAGUAGAAGCGAUCUAGUACUAGCUCAGUCGUAGAACUUCUGAAGUUUGUCCAAGGCUGCAGGCGGUGCGAGUUUAGAAAAUGAUUCUUCUCCGGGUGGUGGAUGUAUGAGUAUGAAAGCAACUGAUCCUAAAAGGGAAGAGGGUGCUACACUCUUUACCAAGUGGUUCCGCUUCAUCAAUCACACCUACAGCAGAUCCUGCCUGGCCUCCAGUCAAAGCUUUCCAUCUUUCAACCAGCAUGUCUCAUAUUCCACUUUUUCAUUUGAGCCUUUAUUUAUUGCCAUUAUUAUGUGACAUGUACUUCAGACUUGUGGGAAGCUCUGUUUAGAAAGUGCCUGCUCAACAGCGGAAAACUAAUAUCAGGAAAUAACUAUAUAAUGUAUGUCCUCCAAACAGUUGAUUGUUGCGUGUUUAUUUUCCUAAAUUGUGUUUAAAAAUGAACUUGCUAAAUUUCAUCGAAUUAUUAGUUUGACGCUCUAAUUUGUUUGGUGUGUAUGGAUGCCUGACAUGGACUCCCAGGACUAAUAGAGAGGAAAUUAAUAAUAGAUGCCCCACUUUACUGUGCAUUUUGCUGCAAAAUCAGAACCAUUGUGUAUUAGGCCCUAUCACAAAUCUGUUCAGUGUUGCUUUAACGGACAACGUUGUGUUUCAUUUGGUCAGAAUAUAAUUCAGCAGGCUAAAUAACCAACAUUUUCAUUUCCGUGUCUCAUCGUCUGAAAGAAACGUCCUCCCAUUCGACAAAAGAUGUACACAUUCUGGCACGCACGCUAAUGGCCACACUCUCUCUCAUAUGUCUUUGGGAACAGUGAAAUCUCUCCCUUAGAUUUUACUCAGGGUUGAAGAACAGGGAGGUGACCGGAACAACCGCUGGUGCACAAGUGUGUCGUAAAUGCCGACCGUGUGUGUUUGGGUGUGCACAUAAACGUGGAGAUGAUCCAGCUGUCUUACAAGUAUUUAGUAUGUACAGGCUUAAAUAUCAGUGUAGGUAAAUGCAUUUCUUUUGUUUUUGUUUUUCUAAAAGAGAAACAAAUAUUGACAAAUUGACUAAAGUAAAAGAAAGAAAAUGUUUUAUACAAUUAUAUGAGGAAUUUUAGCAAAAUAAGGAGCAUUA